AGUAGGUAGUCUCCAUCACUUUGACUUUGGGAGCAGCCGCGACCACGUCGGUAGCAUAAAGCUUCCGCCCGUAGCACAAUAGCGCACGGCUGGCUCGGCUGAGUGGGACAGGGAAGAGGGGGCGGAGGCGGAGGCUGGGCGGCAGAGGCGGCGCCGUCACUCUCUGUUCUUCCACUGAUCUCCGGCGGAAGCGGCGGGCAAGGGGAGCGUCAAGGUUCAGCAAUGGCAGCUCCGAAUACCUACGCUGUCCAUCUCUCCUCGGAGACCCACAAGAUCGAGGCCUGGUGCGAAUCGGACGAGGCUUUGGCUAAGCAAUUGCAAGAGGAGGAGGAUUCGCUCGCUACAAGGGAAUUUGCCGGCAGCGUGUCCUUGGAACCAUCAUCACCAGCUGUUGAGUAUAGGCCUGCCAAUAAUGCAGCUCAGGUGGCGACCGAAGAUAAUGUCGACCCGGAUAAUAUGUCAUAUGAGCAACUACAAGCAAUCGGUGAAGAAGUAGGAACUCAAUCCAGAGGAUUAUCAGAUGAUCUGAUAAGCUACCUGGAGCCUUUUAGGAACAAAUGUAACUUCUUCUCCUGCAAAAAGAAUACCGAUGAAUGUGUGAUCUGCAAAUCGAACUAUAAAAGCCUACAGAAGUUGAUAAGAUUGCCCUGCAGCCAUUGUUACCAUGCAGGUUGCAUAACUCGCUGGCUUAAGAUUAACAAGGCAUGCCCAGUCUGCAAUGAGGAGGUAUUCGGUUAACUUGCGAUGGUUGUGGAUGUUUUGGCCUCGUCGCCUCAUCAUGAUAAUGGACAAUCUUGCUCUCCUAUAGCCUAUUAUACUAUAAAAUACUCGAUGGUCUACCGUGCUUUAAGAAAAUUGUAUUUUGGAUCAUGCCAUGUUUUAUGUCCCCCAACUUAGUUUUGUCAUUAAGGUAAUGAUAAAUAUGUGCGGGCAGUGGGUUAUAUGGUUUGCAAUUUUCCGAGAAAGCAACCAAGCAGGAGCAGUUAAGUAGAUGAUGUGGUUUGCUAUGUAUUGCACCCUCUUUACACCAGCCCACUGUGUAAAGUCUGAAGCAAGAUUGUAAAUGUUAUAUAGGAUGUGUCUCUUUUUA